AUUGGAACACCAUGACCCGUAUUUGCGUUUGUGGGUUCGCUUGCGACGCUAUAUAUUAAAUUGCGCGCGAAGAGUCACUUAAAACGUUCGACGCUUUCAACGAAACCAGAGUUCCAGUCGAGGCAAGUGCCUAGCAUCAGUUAUUGGUUCCAAGAUUUGAGGUAAAAAAACUAAAAAAUAAUAGCAUUUAGAUAUUUUAUAUCUCCCUCGUAUGGGUUAGUAAUGGUAAAAGUAAACCAAUUUAAACAUUGAAAUUCGAUGGCUAAAACUUUCUUGUAACCAAUGUAAAUGUUAUUUCGUCUUCUUGGCAUCAGUUUCUUGCAGCAAGUUUACUAACAUACACACUCUCCCUGAUUCUUUUUUUCUGCCAUGAACAAUUUAACAAAAUAUCAGAGAUUGAGUGUUUGUCCUAGCCGUUUGUGCUACUAUCUGUUGUUUAAUUGUGAGUUCACCCAUCUUCGUUACUGACGUCUCUACCGUUGUCAUUCCAAUCGGCAUUCCGCCCGGAGUUCGGAAGAUAGCGUAAGUGAUUGAUCGCAGUUUUAUUAGCUAACAGAGGCGCUUUUCACCGGUAAGAGAAUCUACGAGUAGGCAACUUAACAUGAAGACUUGCUUCAUGGGUAUAUUUAACAUUCCCUGAUCAUUUGAAGUUCGAUUAGUAUUCACAUCACAUUACCUCGUGGCAUGCUAAAAAUAAAGCUUAUUUGAAAAUAAAUUGGGUCUAAUUAGAAUAUUUGCACAAACAUAGGACGUAAGUAAAAAUUAAUCAAGCGCUUUAAAAAACUGGCAAUGCACAGCCACGCUGGAAUAAUGCUUUUACAUAUCACAGGCAUACACGUCAUUUUGUAUGAUAUCUUCACAACAAUUAACGGCACUUAAGCCGUUAUAUUCAGAGCAAAAUUCCGCGUCGAUUGAGGUCUAAUAUACAUGGAAAAACACGAGAUGGCUUAUCAUAAUUAAGCAUAAGCAAAGCGCGCCCAUCAAGUGCAAAAAUAAUCUAUUCAAACCUUGCGUUCGGUCUGAACAACCGCAUACGAUCAAAACAAUAAUAUGCAAUGAUAUCUUCACAUCUUUAAGGCGCAAAAAAAAAGUCCGGCUAAACAGUUUAAGGAAUUGUUCAGUCUGUGUCCGAUUCACUUUCGAUGAAAUGGAAUCGUCGCUUCCGAGGUUAACCAUGUUUCUUUUUAAAUUUCGGCGUUGGAUCGCUCGAGCAACCAUGAGGAGCUUUGGCCCCGAAAAAAAUUCGCAGCAUGCAUUCUAUGGAGGCACUAUAUUUCUGUCGAUCGAUCGGCUGAGCUUUCUACAGUUACUGGAUCCAAUCUCGACCCCGAAAAGUACUGGUAUGUGUAAACGAAAAGUUAAUGUAAAAUCAGGCCGAAUGCUUUUGCAAAGAACGAAUUGUUUUGUCGAUUCCGCGAUGUCUACAAUACGUUGUGUCACGCCAGCAGGUCUCAAGCGCGCCAACAAAGGCUGUUAGUUCAAUGCCAGGUAACCAAACAACAUGUAUGUUAAAUCUUCAAUUGGUCUUUGUGCCGGACUGAUCAGACAAGGAGAAUUCAAGCAGAUGGAUUCGCGAGGUCUCAAAAUAUAAUCGUGUUGUUGAUGCGGUAAAUCAAAUCGCUCUCGACCGUAUACUUUAGGCGGGAAAUGCCUCCAGUCGAAAAAUCAUGGGAAAUUGCAAAGCUGUCAGUCAAGAAUAGCCGAGAUUGACAACGACAUUGGGGAACUAGUAAAGGAUAAUAAUUAUAUAACUAACGGUGGAUGCCUCAACUUUCAGUAAAAAAAAAAGACUCCAGACAAAGAGCGGUCUCCUGAUAUAUAUAUAUAUAUAUUUAACAAAUAGAGAAGCCUUGACUGUGCUCUGUUCUGUUAUAAAGCACGCAGGAAGCGGCUAGAGCACGAAAGAAGUUCUAGCCGCUUCCUAAGUGCUUUAUAACAGAACAAAGCACAGUCAAGGCUUCUCUAUUUGUUUUAUAAUAAAGAAUCCGUUAAAUUACCCAAGCAUUACUUUCAAUUUUCAAAACAAACUUUAUUUCCAAAGCGAACAACAGUGUCGUCAGCAUGCUCUAUACUCUCAUAAAGCACGCUACAAUAAGCCAAUCAGAAUCCUUGUUAGAAUGGUUCAAAUAAUCUGAUUGGCUGUACAAGACUAAAGCUAUCAAAAGUGUCAAACCAUCAAAGUUCAAAAACCAUCAAAGUUCACAUUCUACGAUAGUUUACAAACUAAAAUAGUUCGGCAAGUCGAAUUUAACACUUUUGCCUGAAGUUUUUAAGUCUCUAAUACAGAAUCUCGAAGUGAAAUGUUCAGUGAAAUUCAGCCGAAUUAUGGCUCAUAAAAACACGCGAGUUUUUUCCACAUGACAAAGUAGAAAACAAGCUGUUCAAGGCGAGUGUUUUUUGAAUGAAAGACAGCCGAAUUCACCGGAACAUGAAGAUCGCUCGUGAUGACAGCGCCGCAAAACUCGGCUGCAGUGACUGAUGUGAAUUGCCACUCAACGUAUCGGAAAGGAUAUCAGAGCAAGCUCUUAUUUUUUCACUCGAAGGGCGGCCGAUGUAGUUUCUGAGGCUUGCUUUACUGUGAUGACCGGAGAUCGCCAUGAUGAGCGAGCCGCGAUGAACUUCGGCAUGAUCCUAUUCGCUCAGACACCGUCAUGAUUAGUAUGAAUUUUAACAAUUAUGCCAGUUUGGUUAUAUUUUUCAUCAUUUCUGUUUUGUUCUGUUUUGUUUUUGAACACUGAACUUUAUAUACUAUACGAGUGUUAGCCGUGUUUGAUUUUUAUUACCGUACGUAAGCUUUGCAAUCUAACUGAGCAUGAAAAUCUUUAAAACUCGGAAUGUUUAUUUUGUUUUUCCUUUGAGGAUUUUCGUAUCUGCUCACGUUUUAAUAACGUAAAUUACGGCGCCUGGUAUGUUUACAAACCUUUGUUUGAUUCUUCUGUUGCUACUGGCCGGCUCGCUUCAGUUCCGAAAUUUCACUUUCAAUUAUCGGGAAAAAGCUAAAAAGAAGUCCCGGAAAAGGUCGAACAUAGUACGAUUGGCAGAUGGCGUGACAGCUUUAGCUCAGUUCUAUGCUCUAUACUCUCAUAGAGCACGCUCCUUCAACCAAUGACAGCGCGCGUUAUAUCCGAACUUUAUUAUAAAUAUAUAUAUAUAUAUAUAUAUAUAUAUAUAUAUAUAUAUAUAUAUAUAUAGGGGGGAAUUCAAUUUUUCGUGCCCUCUUGGGUAGUGUGUACCUAAGGGUUACUUUUAAUCUCUUGCAUACCCCUUGGGUAGUUUACACCUAAGGGUGAUUUUUAAUCUCUUGCAUACCCUCUUGGGUAGUUUACACCUAAGGUUGAUUUUUAAUCUCUUGCAUACCCUCUUGGGUAGUGUAUACCUGAGGGUUAUUUUUAAUCUCUUUUAUACCCUCUUGGGUAGUGUAUACCUGAGGGUUGUUUCAAUCGUUCCCAUACCCUCUUGGGUAGUGUAUACCUGAGGGUUGUUUUUUAAUCUAUUCUAUACCCUCUUGGGUAGUAUAUACCUGAGGGUUAUUUUUAAUCUCUUUUAUACCCUCUUGGGUAGUGUAUACCUGAGAGUUAUUUUUAAUCUCUUCUAUACCCUCUUGGGUAGUGUAUACCUGAGGGUUGUUUCAAUCUGUUCUAUACCCUCUUGGGUAGUGUAUACCUGAGGGUUAUUUUUAAUCUCUUCUAUACCCUCUCGGGUAGUGUAUACCUGAGGUUUAUUAUUAAUUUCUUUUAUGCCCUCUCGGGUAGUGUAUACCUGAGGGUUUUUUUUAAGAGCUAAGGUCAACAUGCAUCAGACAAACAGCGGCAAGUCACCCACUUGGGCGACUUGCCACAAUAUUUCAAAUUUGUUCGAUGGAUGCUGACAUCCUCUCUUAAUCUGUUCUAUACUCUCUUGGGUAAUAUAUACCUAUAUCUGAGUGUUGUUUUUAACCUCUUCUUUACCCUCCUUGCACAGCAGACGCGUGAGACAAUUUUCAUACGAGUGAAUUUGUUCACAAUGACCUAAAAUGCAAUAACGGUGUUUUAGACCAGCUUCUCCCCUGUUAUAGUCGUUUUGGCAAGAAUGAUGUCUUCGGAAAAGCUGAAAAUGCCGUUCCAAAACCUUCGAAGAUAAAAAGUCAUUAUAGGAAUAGUUGCAUUGCGCCGAAGCUUGUAGACCGAAGGGGAAGGAUUAUCUAAUCAACACAGUUUCCAGACUUUAAAAGUUCUGUGUAAAGAAGGGUUUGUUGGAGUUAACCUUAAAUAGGCUUAGGUCUUCGAUCAUGGAGGUGAAAUCGGCUUUAUCGGUGCCGCUUUUUUGGCAAUUUUUGAGUUUCUUCUUUUUACGUGUUUUAAAUUGUUCCUGUUAUAUGUUUCUGUAACAUUUGGUCAGGACUAUUUGUGAACCUUGUGUUAAUGAUUUACUGUUGUCUUCUGUCUUGCUGUUGUCAUUUACUGUCUCUACAGAGAAAAUAAGCUUAGCGUACCGCCCCUUAGGUUUUUUUAGAAUUAGACCCGUUAAGUUUGUAUAAAACAUUUCUCUGGACUCUUGUUUCUGGGAAGUGAGAGAACAAAGAAGAGUUGUAUCUUGAAAAUGAUUAGAAAUGUAAUCAUCGGAAGUUGCGGUUUCCAUUCGAGGGGACCUUUAUUAACCUUUCUGUGGCAAUUACCGGAUGUCCUGGAAUGUUCAGGAAACACCUCAUGCCACCAAGAGGCGUCAAACCUUGGCUUGAAUUACUUAUGCAAAUUAGUGCAGCCAGCUAAUUCGCAUAACAAUUUUUCCGACGCCAAGCUCGUCAUGAUUAAGCUGGGUCGGCUCGUAAUUUUCGAUUUCCAUGGCAAUUCCCUUCUCUAAACACCAUUUUUUCCAAACCGACAACCAAUAAGCAGUGCUUUUCACUGUGUUUUCGUUGUUUGAGCUGUUUUUCAGCUGCGGUGACGAAAGAAAACCUACUUAGAACGCAGGCCUUUGUUUCGCUCGCAAAUUUUCAAAUUUUGUUGCGACAUCCGAGGCUCGCAUUUGAUUGGCUAUCUGUGAGUUUCUUUGAUUAUUGACCAAUCAGAAUGUCUGAUUUGUUACUUUCUUUGCGCUGAAUUAACCCUCUUCUGCACUGAAUUAACUCUCUUCUGCAUUGAAUUACCUGAAAACUGCAUUUAUCUUAACCAAUCAGAACUGAGUAAUUUUUCCAUGUAUAUCAUUAGAGAUAAACUAGUAACAACGAUAAAUAUAAUUGUCACCAUUGACAAAAAUGACUUGACGUCUUUCACCGCGGUGUAAUAAAGUUCUCCUUUAUCGCUUUAAAUCGACAGCCGCCGAAAUUCAAAGGCGCAAAGUUGCAUGGCUUUUAUAAAAGUACCAGUUAUGAGAAACGUGAUCUUAUCAAUGUAACAUGACAGCCACCAUUUUUCGACACAUGCUUUAGUCACGAGGAAAUCAAUUCGAGCUGAAGAUCACUCCGAGUUCGACGUCAGAACUUAAACAUAUCCUCCAGACUCGCUCGCUCGGUUUAGAAAUAUCCAUGCACACCAACUCUCGAUCUCUUGACUUCUUUCAUUCCCCUCCCCCCUCCGCUAACUACAGCACAUGUUCUGACCGCCUAUCGCCCCAGGCUUUGAGUGGGUCACUGUAUUCGCAGUUAAGCUGUUCGCAAAGUUGACCUUCCUCGCCUGCACUCGAUCCGGCGUUGUUCUGUUGGUAUGGAGUCUAAAUUGAACGAACUGAAAGAAUUAUGCCAGUGUUUCGAUUGGAUAAGACUUAAAUUCAAAGGGAUCAAACAUGUCGACAUUUCAGGUUUGCGCAUGAAAGAGUGUUUUCAUUUCUGUUUUUUACCCCUUGCUAUAAGCUACUGAUUUAUGCUUUUAAAUUUACUCAGUGUCAUAAUAACCUCACAGCCAGGGCUCAUUCGUAGAAAAGGGCGGAUAAUGCUAUCCAACGGAUGAAUCGAAAAUAAGUGGUGGCGAAACGUACGGCGUUAUCCACCAGAUGGAGAUUUAUCAUAUGGAUAGCGUUAUCAGACCUUCGAACAACAGCGGCAAGAUCAUUUUUCUUCUGACUGUUAAGAACCGGUUUCAAAUUGCUCAAUCUCGUCUCUUUAUUGCCAAGAACUCUUUCCUUUUCCAAAGAAUACUUUAUUUACCAAUAGUAAGAAUGUAUCCAUUCUUUUAACACAGACCGAUUUUCUAACUGAUCACCUCCCUGUUCUGUGAUUGCUACUUCCACAAGAAGCAACCUGAUAAGUAAUCUUUUUCAAAUUAGUCAGUUGUUUCGGUUUAUCCACUAAAGCACAUUUACGACUAGGAUGCUUAAAUACAACAUUACGAAAAUUGGGUGUCCAAUUUUAUGGGUGCUUUAGUUCUAAAUUAAAUUCAAAACCGCUCUUAACAUAUCAUUCUCAUCAAGGUUAAUAUCUAUCGACUUUACGGGGUCAUGCAUGCUCAGAAAGAAAAGAAAGAUAAAGAUGAAACAUUGAAAUUUGUUUUAGUUCAGAACUAAUUAGGGUGGUUUCAAAAGUUAUUUAAAUUCAAACCCGUAUCCAUGCUGCUAAACACCAAUACGAUUGCCAAAAAACUGUUCUUCAUGUGAAUGGCUGGAAUCUUUGAUAGUACUAGAGAUCUCAAUAUUAGCAAUAUUUUAUCUAUUUUUCUAUUUUGAUAAAAUGGUUAGAACUUUAAACUAUUUUUCAGAAAAAUAACAGGCUUUCGGAUAAAAUAGUGUUGUUGAAAUUAACUUGUAUUUACACACUUAAGUAAAUUUAAGGAAAUUUCCUCAAUCGAAUAUGCAUCGUAUGUAACCGCAAACAGGUAGUAUUGACUAUAGAUAUCGUUUGCCUUUUGAGUGAUUUCAAAAAUCAUAAGUGGUAUAAUUUCAUAACAUAUGGGGCCAAUAACUAAAUGUUGAUUGGCUGAGACAGGGUAUUUUUCAUGAAUUUUGAGAAAUGCCCCACGAAAAAUUACUUGACAUUGAUUGGUUCUUGAACAAAUUUACAUGGCGGGUUCCUCACCAGUCAGUUGUGGAUCUGGCAGCAAUCAGAUACAUGAAGAAGAAAAAAGUCAGUUCUCUAUUUUUUAUUCUUCCUCAAAAAUAUCUGCAUGUAGACUAAUUACAUAUCUUUGAACUAGAAAUAUUUCUUGAAUACAGCCUCUGUCAAUUUCAGGAGACGAAAAGAUGACGUCAGAAUAUAUAAUCACUGUCGUUACGGGAAACCGCAAAGGAGCUGGUACAGAUGCAUCAGUGUCUCUUAUAAUCAAAGGUAACUCACCCUAACACCUUGCUCUCGUCAAAUUUCUCCAUCGAAAUAUACUACCGAAGAAACCUUAUGGACUUUUUGAAUCUUGGCGCUUGGCAUUUACACGAGAACCCAAAUUUUGAGGCGUCGAGUCAAUUUAGACCUCUGGUGGGGAGGUACAAUCUUUAGAUUCUCUGCGACCGUUUUAACUUCAGUAGAUUUCCUUAUUUGUGAACCUUUUCCCUCCGUUAUGAAGGCAAGUUCAACAAUGAAAUGUUUACGUUUGAGAUUUUCAACCGUAGUGAAUACCUUGGAUAAAUAGGACCUGAAAGCUGCACCCCUCGUCGGAAUGGUUGUCCUCGUGGAAGCUAAGAAAUGAGGGCAAAUUCUGCAAAAUCAUUUUUAAUUUUGUCAAACUGAGCGGCCGUGAACAUUUGUGAAAUGAAUGACCCCAAUUUCUACUUAAAACCUCACAAAAUGCCUUUAAAAUUUCAUCUCAGGUAGCAACGGCGAAACAAACCCUCUGUCUAUGGACAAAUGGUUCCAUAAUGACUUUGAAGCCGGACAGAAGGACGACUACUACAUAACCGCCAAGGAUGUUGGCGAGCUUUUAAUGAUCACUCUAAAAAAUGAUGGCGGCGGGUACAGAAGUGAUUGGUUCGUCGACCGAGUAACAAUCAAAACUAAGAAUGUCACCCAUGUUUUUCCUUGCAAUCGUUGGGUAGAGAGUGAAGUCACUUUCUUUGAAGGAAAAGGUAAGACAGCCAUAACUUGGUCUCUCUCGUAAGCUUCUUUGCUAAACAGCGCUCCCCCUCAACCCUGGCGCAAGAUUCACAUUUCUAUAGAAGAAUGUGGCAUAGUCGACCAGUUUGUAUGGAUGGCCCCUAAUGCCGCUGCGUUUCUAUUUCAGCUAAACUGCCCACGGAUGAGCAACAUCCUGAAUUGAAAAGUCGACGUGAAGCCGAGCUUAAGGAGAGGAGGGCACUGUAUGAUUGGGGUAGAGAUGAGGUGUAUGAGGAUCUGCCAGGCUACGUGAAAGCAUCUGGAGUGAAGAAUCUUCCCAAGGACGUGCAGUUUACCGAGGAAGCUGCCUAUGACCUUCAUCGAGCCAGGAAAAACGCACUCAUCAACCUGGGUCUUGUGCACUUGUUGAAUUUUUUUGACCAGUGGGACGACUUUGAUGACUACCGCAAGGUUUGCCGAUUGACACUUCCGAUUUUUAGAGACCCUUUUUUUCGGUUCUGUUCUGUUCUGAGUUCUGAGAUGGUUCGGUCAAUUCUAUCAGAUUAUUGCAGAAUGAUUAUUAAGUGCCAAGUGAUUUCAUAUUGAUUUGAUAGUCUGAUAUAUUUUUAAAAAUUCUACGUUUAUUUAAAUAGGCAUUCACUGGCUUUGUUGGAGAGGUUCCACUAGCUGCAAACUACUGGAAAGAGGACCGUUUCUUUGGAUACCAGUUUCUCAAUGGCUGUAAUCCUGAUUCAAUCAUGAGGUGCACAAAACUGCCACCCCACUUUCCUGUCACACAGGAGUUGGUUGGUAACCUGCUGGACAGUGGGGACACUUUAGAGAAAGCCAUGGCGGUAAAUAAGUCCUUUUUGUGAAUAGAAAUAUUGCACACGUAAGAGAUAACGGUAUUUGAAAACCAUGGCGGUAAAUAAGUUCUUUUUGUGAAUAGAAACAUUGCACAUGUAAGAAAUAGCACUAUUUGAUUGUGGAAAGGUUGACGUUUAUGCGGUCUCUUUUUUAAUGCCCAAAAUAGUUAAGAAUUUCACGAGGAUAUCUCAUUUCAUUGUCUCAUGUAAGUAUUGAAAAAGAUUCUUGGUGUCAUCACAUAGGAUGGCCGUAUUUACAUGGUGGAUUAUAAGAUCUUGGAGGACAUCCCGCACUACGGGCAGAACCGACCGGACCUAGAAAGGAGAUACAUGUGCGCAAGCCUAGGCCUGUUUUAUGUGAAAGGUAACGGAGACCUGGUGCCGAUAGCAGUUCAGUUCCAUCAGGAACCACACCAUGAAAACCCUAUAUGGACCCCAAAUGAUUCCGAGAUGGACUGGACCUGUGCUAAGCUGUGGCUGCGUAACUCUGACACUCAAUUCCAUCAGGUAUGAGACGGCAUCAACAUGGAGAAUCUAUAGAGAUUUCGUGAGAUUCAAAUCAACUUAUUUUUAUCAUUUCCAUUCGUUCACCUCCCGUAAUGGUCAAUUCAAACUGUCCUUAAUACUUUGUUUAUUUUGUGCGCUACUUUGAAACCCGCCUAAUUAACUGAGACAGCAUGAAUUCUUGCCUGCGUGCGAGACGUUACCCUGAAGAAGCUAUGUGAAAACAAACUAAUUCGUUUUCAGCAUCACGGAUUGUCUCCUCAAAUAAAGUGAGAGGCAUAGAUAAUUAUCCACAUGUGGAUCGCAGAGGAAAUGGAGAACAGGCUUGAGAAGAAGCUUACCAUUUCAGCUUUGUUGAUUUAUUAAGGUGUAUCAAUAUAAUUUCCCCUGAAUUUUUGCGCAGGAGAUUGGCGCAGCCGGCUUUAAAGUGGUCCAUUGGUGCAUGCUCGACUUAUGAUCGUUGAGUUCCCUGGACGACCCGUAAAGAACUUGAAAAAUAAACACUCCGUAAUUUGGUGCAAUAAAGAGGGUAAAUAAUACGGCGACACGCAAGAUAGGUUCCCUGAACCACGAGAGCCAUGCCUGAAAAAUGCACUUUUUUUACAAAAUAAAGUUUCCUGUCAUCUGUAUCUGUUGUAUUUAGAUGGUCACCCAUCUUCUCCGCACCCAUCUCUUCAUGGAACCCAUUGCCGUUGCCAGCUAUAGACAGCUACCCACAAUCCACCCCGUUUGGAAAUUGUUGGCCCCUCACAUCCGAGGAGUUCUGGCCAUCAACACUCUUGGCAGAGAUGUUCUGAUAGCGGAAGGAGGAGUGGCUGAUAACACUUUGACUGUUGGCGGAGGAGGUAAAACGAUAACUCAUAGCGUCAAUCUGUCUCCCGGGAGGUCAAAUUACCAAGUGUCUGGUUUAAAUUGCUUCCUUACACAUGUAAAAAAUAAGGAUAUUUACCACAUUUUUUUAGGUCUCCCGACAAAUCCAGUUGCAGGGCAUCUUUAUGAAUUUUGACGAUUUUCUUAUCUACUCUCCCAUGUUACUUUGAGCUUGAUUGAGUCAUCGCGCUUUACACAUGUGUCUAAUUGCUUUUGCCAGGGCAUGUCACCCUAAUGAAGAAAUUCUACAAGAGCAGCAGUACCUGGCCCUCGUACAUCCUGCCACAAGUGCUAAAAGACAGAGGGGUGGAUGAUCCCGAAAAACUACCCAACUUCCACUACCGCGAAGAUUCUUUAAAACUCUGGGCAGCCAUUGCAGACUUCGUCAAGGAGAUUCUAUCUGGCUAUUACCACUCUGAUGGUGAAGUGCAGAAGGUAAUCAUAUGAGUCAAUUACUUAAUCGAACGAUAGACCGGUUUAAUAAUCCUAAAAGGUGUUGGAUGAUUACUAAAAAAAAUUUGUUAAAUAACGAUCUAAAAAGCCGACCAAUUUAUAAAAUCUGAAGCUUUUCCAGUUGUCCUUCCUCUCAACAUUACAUCACGUUGUGCAGCAUAGAAGGAGAAAUAUAGAGUGCUUUCGAUGGCUUUUUUUGGACGUUAAUCAGUUUCCUCAAGAUUCUAAGGACCAAAGGAGGUCAAAAAAACAGCUUUUGCUAAGUCUUUACGACGAAGUGGUAUAGUAAGCCACUCUGUCUCCUUGCAGAAAAAUCCACACUAAAUCUAACGCGGUCACGUUGAGUUAUUUUUACCCUUUAACUACCAACAUCUGACUGUAAACUCUCCUCUCUUGCUCAUACACAUUUCUUUGUGAAUUAGUUAGGAGAAUUUGAUGUUUGAUCAAGAUGAAAACUUCUACCUGAUAACGUUGAAUAUUCUCAGUACCUUUUUGUUAAAGAUUGUUAAAUAUGAUUUAAAUCCGCGCACAGUAGUUGCAUUUGUUGGUCUCCUGAUCAAGGACGACUGUAGAUUAAGCUUAUCCUUUCCGUGCCUCCAUUCGAACUGAGGUUGAAAUCCACUUAUUUUUUUUGGAAGAGUGUUAAUCAGCGAUGAUCAAACACUCAUAAUUUAUUAUCCCGUCAACUCGGGAUAUUGUUUUGUCACUUUGGCUAUUUAUUCUUCCUUUCGCAAUCUGUGUCUUGUAAUCCAUCCAAAUAAAACUCGUCGUGUUACUUUUAUUAAAGGACUACGAGCUUCAGAAUUGGGUCAAAGAUCUGCAUGACAAUGGCUAUCCCAAUAAACCAGGCCAUACAAACCAUGGUGUUCCGCCAUCUUUUACCAGUUGCGUCCAGCUGUACGAAUUCUUGACCUCCAUCAUCUUCACCUGCGCCUGCCAACACGCAGCAGUUAACUUCUCCCAGAUGGACGUAUACGGUUUCCCGCCAAAUUCUCCAGCACUCAUGCGUCAGCCACCACCGACCAAGAAAGGAGUUGUGGGGCAAGCAGACCUCAUGAAAUGCUUGGCAACCAAGCACCAAUCUUCCCUCACCAUUGCCACGGUGUACGACUUGACCCGUAUUUUUAAUGACGAGGUACUGUAAUGCAUAACUUCUGUGCUCAAUUCGUGAUUGUCUUCAAUUUUACCAGUUAAGGUAAUUUGGUUUUAUCAACUGAGUUAAUAAUGUGACUUGGCCACCAUAAAGAGUUUCCAGAGCCUCAGCAAUUCGCGAUCGUCAAUUCGCUCUGACAAAGGGCUAAUGCUUGAAAAGUCAGCUUUAGAAACUCCUUACGCUGGCUAAUUUACACCGUCAACUCAGUUGAUAAAACCAAUUUGUCUUGUUAUACUCCUCCACCGACGCAGCACCGCAGUUUCUUUAGAAACUUACCCCCUUUAUUCUUGUACCAGUUGAGGUCACCUCUAGGAUUUAAAGUGAACUUAGUGUUAACGAAACACAUUUCGAAAAGCAGGCAAUAGAUACGCAUGCGUGCUUCAUCAACAAAUCAUGCAAAAACCAUCAGUGCAGAGUUGAUGUUAUCAAGUACAUGUUUGUUUUUUCGAUCGUAGUUCGUACUACUUCAAAACCACUUAUCAUUUGUUUUAAUUGACAGAAAUUCAUUGGUGACUACCCAGAGGAGCUAUUCAUCGAAGAACCUGCCAAAGCCGCCAUUGAAGUAUUUCAGAGGAAACUGAAGGGCAUAUCCGCUGAAAUUAAGGCGCGAAACGCAAAACUUCGUGUCCCGUACCCAUAUCUUUUGCCAGAGAGAAUUCCAAACAGUAUUGCCAUCUGAGCUUCGAAAGAAAAAGAAAACAGUCCCCUAUCCCUCGUGGAAAGACGUUCAAUGUUGUGAUUAGACAAAAUAGACUGAUUUGUUGAUUGUAGACACGAAUCUUCAAUUGUGGAAGGAGAGUCUGUCGGGCACUUAUUCCAUGCAUAUAUUCCAUACAAUAUUUGCAUCUCGUUCCUCCCUUUCGCUGUUGUUGAAGGUUGCUAAUAUUUGUGUGCGGUGUGAAAUUCUGGCUCUAUGUAGGAGUUCUUGGGUAAUCAUAAACUAUACUAGUCCGGGGAUAAAUCUCUAUACGGUGGAUAGCACAGUAUGUUUUGUUAACUCUUGUCCGCUGGAUAGCGUUUUAUCCUUCGGAUAGCGUUAUCCGCUCUUUUAAAAACUAGGCCCUGGUGUGUUCAAAUAAAAAUAUCAUGGAGGUAAAGUUAACUUGCGACUAACCGUUAUUUGUAGACUGGAUAUCACAAAGGUCACAUAAACACAAAACAUAAAACUUGCAUUUACAACAACCGGAAAUGGAAAUGAAAAUUGUGCGUGC